AUGUGGAGUGGCAACCUUCAGUUGCAUUGCACAAUCCACACAGGGCAGAAACCUUUUGAAUGCUGGGAGUGUGGAAAGAGAUUUAGGACGAGUAGCAGUAUUCAAAAGCAUCAGAGAACCCACACAGGGGAGAAACCUUUUGAAUGCUCAGAGUGUGGAAAGACAUUCAGUCAGAGUGGCCAUCUUCAAACACACCAGAGAACUCACACAGGGGAGAAGCCUUUUGAAUGCUCAGUGUGCGGAAAGAGAUUCAUGUGGAGUGGCAGUCUUCAAACGCAUUAUAGAACUCACACAGGGGAGAAGCCUUUUGAAUGCUCUGUGUGUGGAAAAAGAUUCAGUGAGAGUGGUCAUCUUCAACGGCAUCAGAGAACCCACAGAAAGGAGAAGCCUUUUGAAUGCUUGGAGUGUGGAAAGAGAUGUCGUACGAGUGGCAGUCUUCAAUAUCAUCAGAGAACCCACACGGGGGAGAAGCCUUUUGAAUGCUUGGAGUGUGGAAAGAGAUGUAGUACGAGUGGCAGUCUUCAAUAUCAUCAGAGAACCCACACAGGGGAGAAGCCUUUUGAAUGCUCAAACUGUGGAAAGCGAUUCAGUCAGAGUGGCAGUCUUCAAAGACAUCAGAGAACCCACACAGGGGAAAGGUCUUUUGAAUGCUCAGAGUGUGGAAAGAUAUUUAGUACGAGUGGCAAUCUUCAAAGGCAUCAGAGAACCCACACAGGGGAGAAGGCUUUUGAAUGUUCUGAGUGUGGAAAGAGAUUCAUCUGGAGUCACAGUCUUCAGUUGCAUCAGGGAAUCCACACAGGGGAGAAGCCUUUUAAAUGCUCAGAGUGUGGAAAGAGAUUCAUGUGGAGCAGUAGUCUUCAAUGGCACCAGAGAACCCACACAGGGGAGAAGCCUUUUAAAUGCUCAGAGUGUGGAAAGAGAUUCACGUGGAGUAGUAGUCUUCAAUGGCACCAGAGAAACCACACAGGGGAGAAGCCUUUUAAAUGCUCAGAGUGUGGAAAGAGAUUCACGUGGAGUAGUAGUCUUCAAUGGCACCAGAGAAACCACACAGGGGAGAAGCCUUUUGAAUGCUCAGAGUGCGGAAAGAGAUUCAUAUGGAGUAGUAGUCUUCAAUGUCAUCAAAGAACCCACACAGGAGAGAAGCCUUUUGAAUGCUUGGAGUGUGGAAAGAGAUUUAUUACAAGUGGUAAUCUUCAGUAUCAUCAGAGAACCCACACGGGGGAGAAGCCUUUUGAAUGCUCAGUGUGUGGAAGGAGAUUCAUGUGGAGUGGCAGUCUUCAAAGGCAUCAGAGAAACCACACAGGGGAGAAGCCUUUUGAAUGCUCAAUGUGUGGAAAGAGAUUCAUGUGGAGUGGCAGUCUUCAAAGGCAUCAGAGAACCCACACAGGGGAGAAGCCUUUUGAAUGCUCAGUGUGUGGAAAGAGAUUCAAUCGGAGUGGCAAUCUUCAAAGGCAUCAGAGAAACCACACUGGGGAAAAGCCUUUUGAAUGCCCAGAGUGUGGAAAGAGAUUCAGUGAGAGUGGUAAUCUUCAAAAGCAUCAGAGAAUCCACACAGGGGAGAAGCCUUUUGAAUGCUCAGAGUGUGGAAAGAGAUUCAUGUGGUGUGGCAGUCUUCAAAUGCAUCAGAGGACUCACACAGGGGAGAAACCUUUUGAAUGCUCAGAGUGUGGAAAGAGAUUCAGUCAGAGUGGCGGUCUUCAAAAGCAUCAGAGAACCCACACAGGGGAGAAGCCUUUUGAAUGCUCUGAGUGUGGAAAGAGAUUUAGUGCGAGAGACAGUCUUCAGCAUCAUCAGAGAUCCCACACAGGGGAGAACGCAAAGGGGGAGCCUUGUGAGGACGGCAGGGAUCAAUUUCUCAAGAAUUUCUUUGGCACUGUAGCAAAUUUUGUUGGUUAUUUAUUCAGGGUAGUUGAUUAUUUUGGCUUCAACCUCCUAGAGGUUGGAUCUCAUCUCCGAGUGCUGGAAAAAGAGGAGGAUUGUUUGCAGAAGAGAGCUGAGCUGAGCGAAGGGCCGUUGGUGAUCCACUGCUAG